UUCUUCUCCAGUCCUCUUUAGCUCGCGAAACCUACCGGUGACUUUUGGAUAUUUGUCACCGCCUCUCAUUUUCUUCCGGCCCCCAACUAUUUUGUCAACCAGUGUUUCGUCUUCAAAUCUUCCUUACCAGAUUGCAAGAUAGGAUUUUUUUUUUGGGGGUUAAUUAGGUUUCUUUCGAAGUUUUCUCCAAUGAUCUGUCUUUAGAGCUUACUCUUUUGGACAUAUCAAAAUAUUUUAUCGGAUCAACGUUCGGAAUCUCAGAUCGGUUCUGUUUUUGAUUCAUUCUUCUCCGGCGAUGGCGACUGCAUCUUCCUAUUGGUGUUACCGCUGCAGUCGCUUUGUCAGGGUCUGGCCGCAGGACGCGAUCGUCUGUCCUGACUGCGAUGGUGGCUUUCUAGAGGAGCUCGAGAACUCGCCGAGCGUCGCGCGCCGGUAUCUUCUUGGCAGCCGUGGGGAUUUCCCAGAAACCCAACCUGAGCCCAUCAGAAUGCGUCGCCACAGGCGCAAUGGAACCGGAGACCGCUCGCCUUUCAAUCCUGUCAUCGUUCUCCGCGGUCCUUCCGACGGCAGCGGCGACCGCGGUGCCGAUCGCCCAUCUAGCAGAAGCUUUGAGCUCUACUACGACGACGGGACGGGGUCUGGCCUUCGCCCUCUACCGUCGAGCAUGUCGGGGUUUUUGAUGGGCUCUGGCUUGGAGCGGCUACUAGAUCAGCUCGCUCAGAUCGAAAUCAACGGCCUCGCUGGCCGUGGAUUUGAGAACCCGCCUGCUUCUAAGGCAGCCAUCGAGUCUAUGCCGACGAUCGAGAUCACUAAAUCUCAAGAUUGCAACUGCGCCGUGUGCAUGGAACCGUUCGAUCUCGGGGCUGAAGCAAGGGAGAUGCCUUGUAAGCAUAUUUACCAUCAAGAUUGCAUCUUGCCGUGGCUCUCGCUCCGGAAUUCGUGCCCGGUGUGCAGGCAUGAGAUGCCUACUGAUGUAAGCGGUCGUGGGAUGACGGAUCCCGCCGGCGAUGACAGGAGUCCGGUUGCCUCCAGUGAGGAUGAGACUGUGGGACUUACAAUAUGGAGGCUUCCUGGUGGAGGAUUCGCAGUUGGGAGAUUUACUGGAGGGAUGAGGGCUGGGGAUCGGCAGCUCCCUGUUGUUUACACUGAAAUGGACGGCGGGUUUAAUUCUGGGGGUGUGCCGAGGAGAAUCUCCUGGGUUUCAAGAGGUAAUAGGUCUCAGCAGAGAGGAGGAAUUGGUCGGAUAUUUCGCAAUAUCUUCUCAUUCUUGGGCAGGCGUGGAUCUACCUCUUCUCGCCCCAGUUCAGAUCUUGGGUCUUCAGCUUCUGAUUUGCCCCGAAGAAACAGAACUUUUAGGGCUAACGGCAGCGAGUUUUCAAUUAGACAUUAGAGGAAAAAAUAGGAAAAAAGAACAAAAAAUUGAUCAAUUUCAUGAUCUUUUUCAUCAAAUGAGAGCUUCAUCUUUAUAGUUAUAAUACAUUAUUCUAGUUGUUUCCUCCAUCUCAUUAGAGGAGAAAUCAUUGUGUAGAAGUUGUAGAAGGCAUGCUGUUUUUUCUUUAUAUAUCCAAUGUAAAUAGAAGGAAUCUGGAAAAAUGUAUUGCAUUUUUUCUGCUAUAAAUUUGGCGGUGGCUUUGAAGAAAAUUGAACUUGCCUGUUUACCCGUUUAA